AUGAAUUCCACUUGUAACAACCUUUUUUUGUAUCAAUACCCCCCCACCCUCCCAGAACCAAAAUAUACCUUCUUCUUCUUCUUCUUCUUCUUCUCCGCCGCCCGCUUUCCGGUUUGGAUCACACACACACAAAAGGAAGUUCAUACAACGCGACUAGCAUGA